AUUUUAUAUUAAAAUGGGUUCUGAAAAACACAAGAAAGAAAAGAAAGAGAAAAAAGAGAAGAAAGAAAAGAAGGAGAAGAAGGAGAAAAAAGAAAAGAAGGAAAAAAAGGAGAAGAAAGAAUCAGAUGCAGGCAAAAAGAGAUCUAGAAAUGUUAGCAAGGAGAAAGAGAAAAAGAGGGAUGAAUUUUAAAAACCAAAGGCACCAACUAAAUAAAAUGCAGAAUAAUCAAGGGGAUUUCGUUUCGAUUCUCCGCCAAAGGAUCCUUUACAAAAUACUCCCUUCUCAAACUUUAAGAGUAAAUUAAUUGACUAAGUAUCUUUGGGAGAAUUCGAAACCAUACUACCUGCCAAUCCUCUUUAGAAUCCCUUGGCCUCUUUGGAAGCACUCUAAGCAAUGACCCCAUUAAUUUAAAUGCAAAGAUUACAGUAAUUAAGAGCCUAAGCAGAUGUAAAAGCUGAUAGAAAACUUUAUGUUGGAAAUUUACCACCGAAUAGUCAACCAAAAGAACUCUAAGAUUUCUUGAAUUAAACUUUAUUAAAAAUGGGUGUUAGUUCAGAACAUGCUGGUUCUAUCUGCAACUGCUGGAUUGAUUCAAAUGGCCAUUUUGGUUUCAUUGAAUUUAGAUCUCCUGAAGAAGCGACGUAGGGUUUCAUUUUGAAGGAUGUGAUCUUUAAAGGACAUCAACUGAAAAUUGGUAGACCAAAGUCAUUUUUGACUUCCUUAGCUGCUGUAAACCAAUAGAUGAUGAGUGAACAAGCAUUCAAUCCUUUGAGUAGCAUGAAAGGGAAUGAUAAAGACUCGUCAUCUCUUAUUAGCUUUAGACCACUUAAGUUGAUGGCCAGAUAUGUGUAAAUACCUACUAAUAUUUUAGUUAUUAAAAAUGUCCUGACUCUUGAAGAUGUUACGAUAGAUGAAGAAUUCAAUGACAUUAUGGAUGAUAUUAAAGAAGAAUGCUCUAAAUUCGGAACUGUGAAAAAUAUUAUUAUUCCAAGACCUGAAUUUGGUAAAAUUAUUAUUGGAGUUGGAAAAAUCUUUGUGGAAUAUGAAAAGACCUAAGAAGCUAGAACUGCCAGAAGAUAUCUAGCUGGUAGAAUGUAUGGCGAUAAGACAGUUGAAUGUGAAUAUCUAUCCAGGGAAAAAUGGGCUAAAAGAUAAUUCACAGAUCUCAAUGAGGAUAUUUUAAGAGAUAGAGAAGAACAAUAAAGGAUGGAUCAACUGGAAUAAGAAAGAAUAAAAAAGUAAAUGUAAGAGGAAUUGUCUCAAAGAAAUUGAUUUAAAUACACAUACAAUAAUGUUAAUAUUAAGUUUCAUAUCAAUAA